AUGAUUUCUUUCUUUCUUUCCUUUUCCUUUCUUUCUUUCUUUCUUUCUUUCUUACGUCAUUCUUUUUUGUUUCUUUUUGUCCUCUUAUUUUUUCUUUUCGAAUUUAUCAUUUUCAAUCUGGUUCCUUUCUUUUCUUUCUUCUUUCUUCCCGAGUUUGUCUUUCUUUCUUUCUUUCUUUCUUUCUUUCUUUCUUUCUCUAACAUCCAUUUCUUUUUUCAUUUCUUUCUUUCUUUCUAUCUUUCUUUCUUUUACAUUUCUUUCUUUCUUUCGUUAACAUCCAUUUCUUUUUUCGUUUCUUUCUUUCUUUUACAUCUAUUUCUUUCUUUCUUUCUUUAUUUCUUUCACAUCCAUUUCUUUCUUCGUUUCUUUCUUUCUUUCUUUCAUAUCCAUUUCUUUCUUCGUUUCUUUCUUUCUUUCUAUCUUUCUUUCUUUCUAUCUUUCUUUCUUUCUUUCUUUUACAUCCAUUUUUCUUUCUUUCUUUUACAUCCAUUUCUUUCUUCGUUUCUUUCUUUCUUUUUUUCUUUCUUUCUUUUACAUCCAUUUCUUUCUUUCUUUCUUUCUUUCAUAUCCAUUUCUUUCUUCGUUUCUUUCUUUCUUUCUUUCUUUUCAGACGUCUUUCUUUCUUUCUUUCUUUCUUUCACAUCCAUUUCUUUCUUCGUUUCUUUCUUUCUUUUUUUCUUUCUUUCUUUUUUUCUUUCUUUCUUUUUUUCUUUCUUUCUUUUACAUCCUUUUCUUUCUUUCUUUCUUUUGCAUCCAUUUCUUUCUUUCUUUCUUUCUUUCUUUCUUUUCAGACGUCUUUCUUUCUUUCUUUCUUUUUUUCUUUCUUUUACAUCCAUUUCUUUCUUUCUUUCUUUCAUAUCCAUUUCUUUCUUCGUUUCUUUCUUUCUUUCUUUUACCUCCAUUUCUUACUUUCUUUCUUUUUUCUUUCUUUUACAUCCAUUUCUUUCUUUCACGUCUAUUUCUUUCUUCGUUUCUUUCUUUCUUUCUUUCUUUCUUUCUUUCUUUCUUUCUUUCUUUCUUUUACAUCCAUUUCUUUUUUUCUUGUACAUCCAUUUCUUUCUUUCUUUCUUUUAUAUCCAUUUCUUUCUUCGUUUCUUUCUUACUUUCUUUCUUUUACAUCAAUUUCUUUCUUUCUUUCUUUCACAUCCAUUUCUUUCUUCGUUUCUUUCUUUCUUUCUUUCUUUUACAUCAAUUUCUUUCUUUCUUUCUUUUACAUCCAUUUCUUUCUUUCUUUCUUUCUUUCUUUUCAGACGUCUUUCUUUUCUUUCUUUCUUUCUUUCUUUCUUUCUUUUACAUCAAUUUCUUUCUUUCUUUCUUUCACAUCCAUUUCUUUUUUCGUUUCUUUCCUUCAUUCUUUUUGCCAUCUUCCCUCUAUUUCUCUCUCUAUUUCUGGUUCUCUUGGAAAGCACGUCUAAUAACAUCUAUAGAACAGAAAAGGAUUGUUCUAGUAUUUCAAGGGCGUAA